AUGGAGAUAAGGAAGUUACUAGAGGCUCCCGACAAGGAGGAGCCCAGGGCCUUGUGGGGUCCUCAGCCACCACCAGAACAUGUGGUGGAUGCGCCGCCCGAGACGGUGGAAGUGUUGGAUGAGGACGAGGAAGAGGAGGAGCAGGAGGAGAACGUGGGUGAGGAAGCUGAAGGCAAAGAACCUGAGGAAGCACAGCAAGAGGAGUCGCCGGCUGAAGAGCCGCUCGAUGGGUUGGAGAUCCCGGAUGACCCGGCAGAUGCGGAAGUGGUUGAGGAUGACGAUCGGGAAGACGAGAUGUAUCUUGCCACGGCCGCAGUGUGGCGACGGGUGUUCGACGUUGGUACGGCGGAGGUUGGAGCAUUCGGGGCCCAGGAAAGGGCUUGGGUCGGAAGGGAUCGGUACAAGGACAACUACGCCAGGCCUAACACCUGGAAUGUAGUGAACGGCGUCCGAAUCGAACAGAAAGAGGGGCUGUCCUUCGACAAGCCCAAGUUCGUAAAGGUGAGCAAAGCUCCAGAUGUCUGGCGCUCCGGCUCGUUGCCCGAUAGCCAGACCCGGGCGGUCUUCAAGAAUGCUGGCGCAGAUAUCCAGUUCCAGGACCUCCCGGCCUGGGACGCCUUUGACCGCCACGUCCUGCGCUUCAGUGGCUACUUCAAGGAGUCAGUAGUGGAGACGAACCUAGAGAACUUCCGAGUUCGGAAAGUGACCAUCUACUACUACCUGGAGGAUGAUACUGCUCAGAUCAUCGAGCCCAAGCAGGACAACAGCGGCAUACCGCAAGGCCAGCUCAUCCGACGACAUCGCUUCCCCUCUUCCGACGGCGGCUACCUCAAGACCGAGGAUAUCCGUGUUGGCUCAGUCCUGCAGAUUUACGGCCGUAGCAUCUUCGUCACGGAUUGCGAUCCCUUCACCAGGGAGUUCUACGAGAACGCUGGGGAUCCGCAGGGAGCUCCCGAGCCUGAAGAGACGGAUCCUUUCCAGGAGACUCGCGAAGCCAUGAAGAACCACGCGCCUGUCCAGCCCCGGACCUAUGAGAAGGUCUACAGAGAGGUCAUGCUUGGCGGUGGGCAUAUCAAUGCCGACAUGCAGCAGUUCCUGGACAAUGACAAGAAGGUACUCCGCUUCUUUGCGGUGUUAGACGACGUCGUCACGCCUCAGUUCGAGCGGCGGCCGUUUACCAUCAUGUUCUUCCUGGCGGACGACAUGAUUGAAAUCAGGGAGCAGUACCCGCUGAACUGUGGCAGGGACAACUUCCCGAUCUUCUUCCGCAAGGGGAAGAUGCCGAUGGGUGCUUACAAGGUUGAAGGACCUCAGGCGCAGGCCCGGAAGAAGAAUGAGUAUGUUCAUGGGCAUGACUUCCGGGUGGGCAUGACCGUUCAGCUCUUGGGCACCUACUCCUUCUUCAUCUACGAUGCGGAUGAGUUCACCCGCCGCCACUUCCAGAACGAGCUCGGUCUGGAUCUGGAGCCGAGGGUGGAUGUGAGGUUGCCCGAAAGGGCCGUGCCCAGGGCGAAGACACCGCCUUACACCGGCUAUGGCUCAUGGGAUGACUCUAUGGGCUCCGUGACGCAUCUCAUCCCCAAGCAGCCGAAGAAGGACUUCGUGAAGCUCUUCAGGCACGAAGGGAAGGUUCUCCGCUUCAAGGCGAAAUUUGCGAAUCCAAAGCCUGAAGAUGCAGACCGCAUCUUCGUCAUUAGCUACUACCUGCAGGAUGAUACUGUGGCCAUCCAUGAGCCUCCUCAGAGGAAUCUGGGCAUCGUCACUGGGCGCUUCCUAGAGAAGGGUGUUCAUAUGAACCAGGUCACUGGAGAGCUCUUCCAGCCCAACGAUCUCAUCCCAGGCAAAGUCAUCAAGAUCUACAACAAUGAGUUCCUCAUUGUGGACAUGGAUGAGUAUUCCAAGAAGGUAUUCGAGAAUCCUGAUGCCUUACUGCGGACCUUCCACCUGGAAGCUGUCCUCCAGAAGAUCCGGGACUCGAUGCGACAACAGUAUCCCCUGGUGCGCGACGUCUUCAGGAAAUUCGACGGCGACCAUGAUGGCGUGCUCACCGUGGCAGAGUUCCAGCAGGCUUUGGAGAAGUUCGGCUUCCAACUUUCGCCAGAGGAUGUGCUGAAGAUCAUGAGGCACUUCGACACGCGAAAGGAUGGCCAGGUAAGCUACAAUGAAUUCUGCGACGCACUGUUAGAUGCUGACUGGACUACUGCAAUGCUCCAAACGAAGCCGCCCUUGGAUGACUCCCAUGACAUCGGCUAUGCCGAGCGGGCCAUGGUCAAGUCAGCAGAGCGUGCAGAGACGACACAGGUCCGAAAAGCUGUGAAAGAGAUGGGUGACGUGCUGUACAAGAAGUUGCAUGGCUGCAAGACUGGUGCCCCGAUCUAG